AUGCAGCAGGAAAAGCCGGUCCCGAAAUUCGCCAGCUUCAAGGCGAAGCCAUCGCCAACCGGAGAUGUGAAGAAAUCGCGUCGCGCAGACGACGAACGGCGAGAUGAAAGAAGCCGACAGCGAUCGAGACAUCACAGCCAUAGCCGUCGCUCGCACUCUCGAGAUAGACGCCGCGAACAAAGAUCACAUAGAGAAGAAAGACCAGCUUCUCCAGCGCCCCCUCCGACCAAAGACGAAUCGCAGGACUUCUACACUAUCGAUCGAAGGGGCGACAUUCAUAAUGUGGUCUACGGAACCAUACAUCGAUACAGCAUACCUCAAUAUCACCGUGCAGGACGCGGUGGCGUCGUUGGACUACCUUCGCGAUUCAAGAUCGAUCGCGCCUACGACGGAGAAGACUAUGUGGUAAUUCGAACAGGUGGUUGGAUUCCUGAUGGAGCACGCCAAAAGACCAAGAGUAUACUGGCACGGGCGGAUACAAAGGAAAGAAAAGUGUUUAAACUUCGCCAGAAGCCCGUCACGGAUGACCAAGAAGACCUUUCUAAAGGCUUCAUUCCGCUCAGCCACGAUGGCAGCCGUAAGAGGCGGAAGAUGUCUGGUGGAUAUCUUUCUAGUGAUGUUUCUGAUGAUGAAGCUGAUAAAUAUGGAUAUCGAUCGAUUCACGGAAAAGCGAAUCCCGAAGAAGAUAUCCCGAGUGACAUGGAAGCAUCUUUGGAAUCAGAUACAGACGAAGAAGGCAGUGCGGUAAGAUGGGAUAGAGAGGCAAAUAAGCAGAAUUCGGAGCUUCUGCGGCGGGCCGAAGAUAAUCCUCGGGAUGUUGAUGCCUGGGUUGAAGUGAUUAAGUAUCAAAAUACUCUUCUUACUGGGUCUGAUAUUAGCCGGCAGUUGACCGCAGCUGAGAAACGCAGUCUUGCCGAUAUCAAAGUAUCAUUGUACGAGAAAGCUCUGAAGAAAGUUGGAAAACACCCUGACAAGGACCGCUUGCUAUUAGGGUACUUGGAGGAAGGGGCUACUCUAUGGGAAUCAAAAAGACUGGCUGAGCAAUGGCAUGCCAUCCUUAAACAUAAUCCCGGCUACAUCAGCCUAUGGAUGCGCUAUAUCGAUUUUCGACAGACAGCCUUUCUUGAGUUCACAUUUGAGCGAUGCAAGGAUGUUUACUUGGAAUGCAUGGACAUGAACGCGUCCAGUGAAGUUAACGCUGAACAAGAAUCCAUUCAAGCUUAUCUUUUCUUGAGAAUGACAUUGUUCAUGCGCGAAGCAGGGUAUAGUGAACUGGCAGCUGGUCUUUGGCAGGCUAUUCUUGAAAUGACACUUUUUCGUCCUGAGAAAUAUUCAAAUUCGUCCAAAGUUGAUAUCCUGAAUGGCUUUGCAUCGUUUUGGGACUCGGAAGUUGCACGUAUCGGCGAUCCUGGGUCGAAAGGCUGGAACAGUGGCAAAAGCGUCGAGCUGGAAUCAGUCUCAAACGACGCACAAACACUACUCGAAGUAGAGUCAUUAUUCUCAUCGUGGAGUAUGGAAGAGCGACGAUUGAGCCAUAGUUCUCGUCUACCUGCGCGAACAGCGGACCUUGUUGAGAAUGAUGAUCCUUUUCGUGUAGUUUUGUGGUCUGAUAUUGAACCUUUUCUACCAUUUUUUACCAGCUGGAAAGAUAAGAGCAUACUGAUUCAUGAAUUCCUGAAAUUCUGUUAUCUGCCUCCUUUACGACAGACAUCGACUUCUGCCUCAGGAGGCAACGCCUUUUUGCGUACCGAGCUAGUCCAAUUGUCGGAUUCUUCUCUUAUAAAUAUGACCAACGCUCGUCCCGACGAAGCAAUUCAGCCCAAUCCAUCUGCAAUCUUCAAUGUAGCCCCAUUGCAAAAUAUGAUACACUCGGUCGACACGUUGUUUUCAAAUGGCAAUUGGUUUCGGUCAAUGCAAAUCUGGAAGGACAUCACUAACCACGACCAGACAAUCAUUGACACCGAAUGGGUUCGGCGGUCCUUGAAGCUUCUGGUAGGGGCUUUUCCUCAAGAUGAUGAAUUGGCGACGCUCGCGCUGGCUGUUGAGUAUGCGAUAAAACCGAAUGACGGCAAGAAAUAUGCCAAAUCUUUACUCAAAAAGCGAUCAGCCAGUCUGCCGCUCUAUAAUACAUUUGCAUUGAUGGAAUGCCGUUCUGGAAACCUCUCAACAGCAUCGCACGUAUGGGCUUCUACAUUUUCCAUCGCUGCGACUUUGUCAGAGGCCCAAAGACUAGAGUAUGGUUCUCUUAUACGCAGUUGGGUCUGGGAGUAUCUAGGCCAAAGUAAGCCAGAAUCAGCAGUUCAGAUUUUGAGCUCGAUUCCAGAUUUCACGAUCAACCUGGAGACUUUGCAGCAAGCCAAACAGAUGAAUAUGAGUCCAGCACAACGUCUGAAGACAGAGCGGUUUUUGAUAGAGUGUUCUGAUCACGCUGUAUCUCUUCAAGAUCUGACUUCUUUUACAGCGUGGACGGACGUGAUAGCUUUACUGCACUACCUCCUGAACUCGGUCAGUCUGCCGUCGGCUCUUGAGGUCUAUACCAGUACCUUCAGCCGUCUCGCAUCCUCUUCUCUCGCCACAGAAAGUUUUAAAUCCUCGGCUUUAGAACUCAUGCAUCAAUCCCGCUCCCGCCUAGUGUAUCAUCACAUAACAACAAAACACACCUACAAACCAUCCGCUAUACGCGACUUAUUCAUCGAAAGUACAACCCUCUUUCCACACAACACUUUACUGCUGUCACUAUUCACCUGGAACGAAUUCCGUUUCCGCGUCGAUGAACGUAUCCGCAGCGUCUUCCACUCUCACCCUACAUCAUCAUCAACAGAAGUACCAAUAACAACAUCACUCCUCACCAUCCUUAUCGAAGUUACUCGCCCCGUGUAUACCGGAGCAACGAUCCACUCCGCCCGGGCCGCAUUCGAGCGUGCCUUACAACCCUCUUCUCCUUCAGGAAAUGCAACACCAUCCCCCUCCCUCUGGAAACUAUACAUUAUUUUCGAGCUGCAUCGCACCAAAGACAUUUCCGCAGCACAAAAUGUCUUCUAUCGUGCCAUGAGGGCUUGUCCGUGGUCAAAGGAUAUCCUCAUGCUCGCGUUCCCUACUCUAUCUCCUACUCACAAAGAAAGAGGGGCGGAAUUGUUUGUGGAUAGUGAUGGCGAAGAAGAUUGGUGGGAACUUCGCAGGAUAUACAAUGUCCUUCUUGAUAAGGAGUUGAGAGUCCAUGUUGAGAUUGAUGAUCAGAUGAUUGAGGUGGGGGAAAAGAGGUGGCUUGAGAGAGAGCAGCUGCGGAUUGAGACUCGAGGUGAAACCAGCAGAGAUAAAGGGAAGCGGAAGGGGAAGGGAAAAGGGAGGGAGGUGGUUUAUUUACCUGAUGAUCCCGAUACGGAGUAA